UGGGGAAAUCAACAAGGUAUUCAACAUCAACAAGGUUAGUGUGGAAAGUUUUGGUGAUGGAAUGAAUGGGCCGUUGUGUCAGUGUUAAAAAAAAAAAAGGAUUCGCCGUCAUAAAUAAUGAUGUCUGGUACAAUAUUAUACCAUUGCUAUACACAUGGAAACAGCCGUAGUAAGCUCACACAAAUAAAACAGAACGAGUAUUAUAGUAUUUUAUUAUUAGAGGCUCGCCAAGUCAAAUGAACGUCACACGGUCUCUGCGGGAAAAGUCAGCCUGCUAAAUCGAGCAAUGCCUAAUCGCUCAUCCGCUAUACCUCGGCCCAACUGAGUGGAGCAAACUAUAAUAUGUGUGCAUUUGUGCGCCGUUAAAAAUAACUGUUUUUUUAUUUACCCGUUACUUACUUGGAUAUAAAAGUGCGGCCGGAUUCGGGUCUAUUGUUUUUUAGCGGCAGCUAUCCACGGAAGAAAAAUACGCUGUUAGUUUAGUAGCCUGCUAGCUAGCCGUAGCUAAUUGUUAAUGUGGUGCUAACGGCUAACGAUUUGGCUUCAGUGUUAGAUGUUGCGUUUGUAAAUGUUUCUUUAAGAUAUCCGUUUACGUAUGAAAUGGCCAUGUGUUGCAGCUAAUAUAAUUGUUUGCUUAGUCAAAGGACAAAUGGCGCUGAUAAAGGAUGUUAUAUUUAGUUGUGAAUGUUGACACUCCACAGUGUAGCUUGCCACCUGAUACUGUUACCUGAGUGUAACUUACUCCGCUAGCCACGUAAACUGCUCCUGCUACGUCAACACCAAGCAGGAGCAGCUAGCUUGCCUGUGCUGUCAGGCUAGUUACAUUUCAUGUAAACUGGGGUUACCAAGUCGUUGACAGCCUGCCUAAUAAACCAAGACACCCUCAAGACCAAUGACAUGAACAAUCGGGACUCAAAAUGCUAUAGCUGGACUUGAACGUGUUCCUUUCCUGGUCCUGUCCUGGUCCCUUGAGCGGAUGAUGAAGCGGGUCAUCUGGCUGAUAUCAGGAUUAAACCGAAGAAUGAUGAAGCUACUAUUUGCUCUCGCUUUGAUCGCCUACAUUGCCUCUGUCUGGGGAACAUAUACGAACAUGAGGGUUGGGCCAAUAGACGAUCCAUCGGCGAUGGCUGACAGUCACGAUGUCGAGCCAGCAUUAUCAUUACAAGAACACGGAGAAAUGAAGAUAGAACAGAGAAUUGAUGAAGCUGUGGCUCCUCUUAGAGAGAAGAUUCGUAAUCUGGAACAAAGACAUAAAGAUUAA